ACCCAUCAUGCCAUCUACCGUCCCACACGUGCCCCCACCUCCCCGCACCAUGAGCUCCGACUCGUUCGAAGACGGCCGUCGCUCUCCUUCCCACGAAGACGACUCCGAAUCCGCCCUCAUAUUCGUCAGUGAGGACGGUCAGCAGGAUGACUUAGACACCACGCCGUUCGAGCUCUCCAGUGACGAUGACGAACAGGAAGAGAACGGCCCAUUUGCGCGGUCCACGAGCACUGAAUCGCUCUCUUCGCUCUCCGUCUUCCUCUAUCUCCUCUCUCCUCUGCUCAAGCUCGGUGCACUUAUCUCAACCUACGACAUUGCCCGGUUACCCCUCACAGUUGCUCUCCCCGGUCUUUUCUUCUUCGCGGGCUUGUGCGUGUUCUCGAGGCAGAUAUGGUAUAUGCUCUCGAGGUACGUCCGGCGUGCGGACAUGGAGGAGGUCUUUCUAGAGGCGUUGGCGAGAGGAAGAGGCAAGGAACGUAGACGCUACUUCGUGCGCAUGGCCGUACGCUUUAGUACUGCGUUGCUGCGUGUGUUGCUGGUUGCGGUAUAUCUCAGAUCAUGCGCCGAUGCCACCCUGCGUUACAUUCCUGAAAAAUUCCUCAUUCCGCCGCGUAUCGCCGCAACAACGGCCCUUGCACUUGUUAUAUCCCCGCUGUGCUUCGCGCCAUCGCUCGCAUCAAGCCUUGUAAUAUACUCGACAUGGUUAUCUGUGGCAAGUUAUGUAACCUGGCUCGCCUCCGUGGCCUAUGCACAUGCCAAGGGGAUGUCUGUCGACCACCAGGAAGCACAUGCGCCAGCCCUCUUGCAGGGAUUGAGUAUAAUCGCGUUCACAUACACGACGUCAUGUACCAUUCCGCUCUACGCUGCCUUGAAGAGCAGUUCCCAGCCAGGGAUGCCAAAGCAGAAGCGUUCAAAGUCCUUCAAAAUUUUCUCCCUCCUGUCCGUCGUGAUCGCUACCGCGUUGAUUCUUCCUCCAGUGAUAUUCAGCUCUCAAGCGUCUACGCACGCACUGCAGAAUAUGACGCAGCCAUCCAAGUCCCUUGUCACCAUUUGGACCGCUUUGUCGGUCAUGACUCUGAUGUUCGGGAUUCCAUCCAUCUUCGUUACUGUCCCAACACUCCCCGUUCCUCUUGCCAUUCGCCGACACACAAAUUUACCGGUCUCCAGAGUUGUUUUGUUUAUCGUGGCAUUCUCCAUGUCAUUCUUGUAUGGCGCUGCAUCAAGCGGGAUGUGCGACGUCCUCGUGAUCCUCGCGUUGCUCAGCACAUUCACCGUCCCAGCCCUCCUUCACAUCGUCAUUCACAACUUCCGUCGACCACUGAGCAUCGUGAUGCCUGGCACGCCCGCCCAGCCCAGCCACCCAGGUAUCAGCCGCAGCGAUUCGUACAACGAUGAGCUACUCCAACGCAAGGAACGUACACUGCAGCGGCGGCGCCUCGCAAGGCGCAUCAUGUGGGACAUCGGAGUCUGGACAUUACUCCUGCCCGUCAGCGGAGGUGCGCUAAUUUGGUGUGCAGGGCGGCUAUUGGGAAGGUGGUGACCCUUCCGCCCGAGACCGUAUCGCACUGCGCUCGGACGGUUUGUGUUUCUCCCUAGAUUGUAUGUUUGUUUGACAUCUUGUAUAGUAGUGUAUGCUCGACAUAGGAAAGACUGCUGGGACAUGUCUGCCUGCGAGCUGAGCAAUGGUAUUUUCUACAGGGCAGUUGCAG